AUGGAAUUAAGGAAGCUAACAUCUUUUGUGGAUGAUCCUAAGGGUUUCAGAGACCGUUUCAGAAGACUUUUAUCUGUGCUAUCUACUAAUGUUGAAGAUGGUCUUCGUUGUACUUUGGUUCAGUUCUUUGAUCCUGUCUAUCGGUGUGUCACUUUCUUUGAUUAUCAGUUGUUGUCUACCAUGGAGGAGUUUUCUUAUCUUUUGGGUAUACCAGUUUCUGAUAGAGUUCCUUUUAUUGGGGUGAAAGGAAUUCUUGAAUCUCGGGUUAUUUCCGAAGCCAUUCAUCCGAGGAACUCUGACAUAGAUGUCAAUCUCACUGUCAAAGGAAGUAUCGGAGGGUUGACUUUAAAGUUUCUAUUGGAAAAAGCUUUUUCUUUUGCUAAUGCUAAUAGCAUGGUGGAAUUCGAGACUAUUCUUGCCUUACUCAUCUAUGGUUUGAUCUUGUUUCCUAACAUUGACAAUUUCGUUGAUGUUAAUUCUAUGAUGAUCUUGUUGAUUAGGAAUCUAGUUCCAACUCUGCUCGGUGAUACUUAUUUCUCCAUUCAUCAUAGGACUUCUAAAGGGGAUGGAACUACUGUCUGUUGUGUGCCUUUAUUGUAUAAGUGGUUUAUUCUACACUUACCGCAGUCUCCUAUCUUCCAAAAAGACAAGGAUUGUUUAAGGUGGUCUGAAAGACUUAUGUCUCUCACCAAUGAUGAACUAGCUUGGUAUUCUUCUAUUUACGACGAUGUUGAGAUUAUUGAUAGCUAUGGAGAGUUAUCUAAUGUUCCUCUUCUUGACAAGCCGUCUCACCGGUGCAAUAUUCGAGCUAACCAGUUGAAGAAGAUGGACCGCCUAGAGAAAGAGAGUCGUGAACUCCGUGAAUAG